GCCCUUAAAACAUCCACAUGGAAAGUUUCAUUAUGUCUUCGUCAGUGUUAGUCAAGCAGGGAGGACGUGUCCACCGUGCGUAAAACUCCACCAUGCCCACCAAGAAUGUUGUUGACGAGCGGAUCUCCAAAUUCAAGAACAAGGGGAAAGAUCCAGCAAAACUCCGAGAGAAAAGGAUCUCGGUGUGUGUGGAGCUGCGCAAAGCUCAAAAGAAUGAGAAUUUCCUGAAGAGAAGAAAUAUCACGCUGUCGUCUCUCCCGGAUGAGGAGGCAGUCUCUCCUAACUACAUCUCCAACGAGAUGGUGGCCCUUUUACCCAUUAAUGAUAUCAUUAAAGACGUGAAGAGCGACAGCAAGGAGUCCCAAACCCGCGGCUGUCAGGCAGCCAGGAAGCUGCUUUCUCAGGAGCGUAACCCUCCCCUGAAGGAUAUCAUAGAUGCAGGUCUGCUGUCCCGCUUUGUGUCCUUCCUGUCUAUGGAUGAUGAGCCGACUCUGCAGUUUGAAGCUGCAUGGGCGCUUACCAACAUCGCCUCUGGAACAUCUUGGCAUACUCAACAGGUGGUGGAACAUGGGGCGGUGCCAGCUUUCAUCUCUUUGCUGGCUUCACCAAUGUUGCACAUCAGUGAACAGGCUGUCUGGGCUCUUGGAAACAUUGCAGGUGAUGGUGCAGCUUAUCGAGACGUCUUGAUUGAGUGCAACAUCAUCCCAGCCUUACUGGCCCGCAUCUCCCCAGAUACACCAGUUGGCUACCUGCGCAACCUGACAUGGACAUUGUCCAACUUGUGUCGCAAUAAGAAUCCGUUUCCACCCUUGUCUGCAGUCCAGCAGGUGCUUCCCCCUCUGAUCCAGUUGCUCCAUCACAGCGACAAGGACAUCUUGUCUGACGCAUGCUGGGCAAUCUCCUACCUGUCAGACGGUGACAAUGACCGUAUUGAUGUGGUGGUGAAAACUGGUAUCGUCCCUCGGCUGGUGGAGCUCAUGGACCACAAGGAGCUCAGUGUCAUGACACCAGCUCUCCGCUCCAUUGGGAACAUAGUGAGUGGCUCAGACCUGCAGACCCAGGCGGUGAUUGAUGCUGGAGUUCUGAACACCCUACCUCAGCUGAUGAGGCACUCAAAGGCCAGUGUGCAAAAAGAGGCAGCAUGGGCGUUGUCUAACAUUGCUGCAGGACCCUGUAAGCAAAUUCAACAGCUCAUAACCAGCGGUCUGCUCCCCCCUCUGGUGGAACAGCUCAGAAAUGGAGACUUCAAGACUCAAAGGGAGGCAGUUUGGGCAGUGACAAACUUCACCAGUGGGGGCACUGUGGAGCAGGUGGUCCACUUGGUGCAGAGUGGAGCCCUGGAGGCAAUAAUCAACCUGCUACAGGUCAAGGACACCAAAGUCAUUCUGGUCAUACUGGAUGCCAUCAACAACAUCUUCAUGGCUGCAGAGAAGCUUGGUGAGACAGAGAAACUUAGCCUGUUGGUUGAAGAGCUGGGAGGACUGGACCGCAUAGAGAUGCUGCAAAACCAUGACAACGAUAUGGUGUACCAGGCUGCCCAUAACCUCAUAGAAAAGUACUUUGGGGAUGGUGACAUCGAAGCAGUGAAGGUCGAAACUACAGAGGAUGCAUUUGUGUUUAAGAACUCUGAUGUUCAGAGAACCUUUGAAUUUUAAACCCAAACUUUAUAAUUGUUUGUAAUGUGGUGAAUUCUAAAUAAAUGCCAAAGUGCACUUGCUAUAGCUAGA